AUGGAUGAGAUCAUUGCCUGGGAUCCGAACAAAUACAACGGAGAACAAACUAUUCACCCGUACCCUGGAUCAGUCUGGAGACCAAGAGUUAUUUUGAUGAACACUUUAGACAAGAGAGAUGUGUUUGCUGACGACAUGGCGCCAUUUCUGGUCAAGAGCAGCGGUCUUGUGAUGUGGGCGCCAGGGAGCCUGUUUACAGUUUCCUGUGAGCUUGUCAUGGACAACUAUCCAUUUGAUGAACAUAAUUGUUCAAUAGUGAUGAAGUCUAUGACCUAUACAUACAACCAGUUGAGAUUCACUAACCUUCAGAAACCUGUCAUCACUAAAUACUUCAGCAACACUACCGAAUGGGAUCUAAAAGCCAUCCAGUUUGACAUCCCGACCAAUUUAAGAGCGGAUACUAAUGCAGAGUUCUGUAUCAGUAUGUCUUUAAGGAGACGGCCAUAUUUUCUACUUUUCAAUGUCGUACUUCCGGUCGUUUUCUUGUCCUUUCUGAAUAUUUUAGUCUUCGCCAUUCCCGGAAAUUCAGGGGAGAAAAUCUCUUACGGUAUUACGGUCCUUCUGGCAUUGUCUGUCUUCCUGAGCACGGUUGGCGGGAUGCUGCCAAGGACCGGCACAGUUCCCAAGCUCACCACCUACCUGUUCACUCUGCUCAUCAUCUCCACCCUCACUGUUGUGGACAGCAUCAUUAUUGUUUUCAUUCACCAUAUGGAAGAGAAAGAACAACAACACCAGAAAGCCAAAAGUAACUUUCUAAGGGCAUUAAACCGAUUUACAGCUGUAAGACGAGUGGUCUCCCCUGGAAUUACCUCACCCAAAAAACAAGAUCUAAGUGAAAAAACACAAGGUGGCCACACGGCCACACCAGACAGCAAGAAACCAAACAGUGACGAUAGCAAUGGACAUUUAAAAGGCCACAGCAAAAAUGGAUACAAAGUCAUUGGUAACCACAUGGACCUGGUAUCCUUUAUCGUGUUCCUAGUGAUCUGGUUAGCUGUAACAAUUAAUUUUGUAGUCAACAUAGCUACGAAAUAAACCUUUAUUAGACAUCACUAUUCACGUUACAGGGUCCUAUUGCUUUUUAAUACAAUUUACAAUGCUUAUCUCAUUUUUAAUACAUUCUAUUUAAAAACAUGUUUGGUCGACUUUUCUGUUAAAUAAUCUUAUCAUCUUAUAUUAUACAGACGUUACUUCAAAAAAGAAGAUGAUUACGUUCCUUACUGGCUCAGGCAACCCAUUUCAUGCUCUAAUAGCACUAGGAAAGAAGGAGUAUUUGUACAAAUUAGUCCUAGCAUAUGGGACGAGGAAUGUG